GAGAAGUUUUCUUCCGGAGAUUUACCCGUCUCAGAAAUUUUGGGCGAACUCAGGCUUUUGCAGCCAUCAACUUCUUCUUCACCUUGAUGGAGUUCGCUAAGGGCUUCCGGGUAUGGAAAUGGUGGGAGUCUAGAAAAAGGGCCGCCCAACUCCUCCCACCACCGUUGCCAACCAUGCAAAUCCAACAACUCCCACCACAGUUGCCAACCGUACAAGUCCAACUCCAACUCCAACCUAGUGCAGCAUCUCAACUUGAGGAGCAGCCGUCCCGGCCUACCGUCCGGCCACCUAAUAAUAAUGGCGAUGAUAAGAACCCCAACUUCGUCGACUAUGUGAUGAAGAUGCAAUGGGCGUUUCUAAGCAUUGGAGUUUGUAUUGCAGCCUUUAGCGCCGCCUUGCAAGCUCUCCAUACUCCUGCACCUCUCCCUCCAACCUUUCACUGGUUUUGCAUGCUUCUGGAGCUGGCCGUUCUUGCUUUGUUGGUCUCCGUUUACAUCCGCCGCCGUUACGAGACGGCAUCUCUUGUCAUGGCGCAUGUUGCAAUUUUCUUGGGCGCCACUGCAUUCAUGCUGGCCAUUGCAGUGACACUUCCGGCUCCGCUAAUGGGUAUAUCCAUCGCACUCUACAUCGUUGCAAUCCUCGCAGUCAUCUUUGCUAAUCGUUGAAUCUCCUGCUCAGGGCUUGCCAGGCCGUACUACUGCGUUGUUCUCUGAUUUGAUGAUGCCAAAAUUCUCCUAAAAGUUAAGCUCAUGCUUUUUCGCUUUGUCUUUUCAUUUGUGUGUGUGUUUUUGGAAGGGUGUUAUCCAUGUAUUUUACGAAUCCGUGUAAACAGGGCAGAUGUUGUUGUUUUUGCUGUUGUUGUUUUCGGAAAUAAGCUCAAGGAUGUAUUAUG